UGUUUAGUCCUACACAAAAGAUCAUGAGAUUAAUGAGUCGAGUAGGAGACAUGGGCUGGUGGUUUUGGUUUUCUCUGUUGCUCGCCUACCUGAGAGUCACAGACAGUACGACUGAAAGGGUGGAUUGUUUAUCGCAGCCAAAUGGGGAGAUUCAGAGGACAAGUGGACAAUCUGCUGUUCUACAGUGUAACCUUAGUGACCAGUGUUCAGCCAAAGACGCCAUAACGUAUCAGUGGUUUGCUUUCAAAGGAAAUGGUCAUCACCUUCUCAGCUUGGACAACCACAAAUAUGGUCUGGAUGGAGCAUCUUUGUACAUCUUGUCGCUUAGUGUGAACGAUAGCGGGAUCUACCACUGUGCUGCCGUGUGGAGCGGAACACCAGCACCGGGAAAGCAACGUAUUGGUCCAGGAACUACUCUGCUAGUCAGAGAAAGAACUAAACCCACAGUCGGAUACCAUCUUCUGAUGACAUUUUUAGUCCUCCUCAUCUUCUACAGUUUGGCACUUAUUGUUCUUAUUAUUCUACAAAAGUGUGGCUGGAACAAAGGUUUGUCGAGAAGAAAGUCCACAGCUCACAUGAAGCAGUCCAUUAAAACAGAGCAGUUUCACAACGUGGUGCGAGAGUUGCACAGCAGAAGUAACCUCAGCCAGCAAAUUGCCAGCAGAAACGGAUCCCCUGAGGUUACAACAAGCCCUAAGGACAACACACCAACAGAUGCCAUCUAUCAGAACUUCACUGGAGGACGCUGAAUGAAAGUCACACAGCUUCAUGCUGAUUCAGGGGAAAUCCAAAAACUGGUUUAAAAAAAACUGAACACCUUGCGAGCAAGGAAAUGAUCAACUCAAUAACUGCAACGUUGUCUCAUUUUUAAUCAA